GACGAUUGGAUAAACAUUUCUUUUGACUGGUUAGAUGGCUGGACUGCGCUACAUUUUUCAGCAAACGGUGGUCAUGAACCCGUUGUAGACUAUCUUUUGGGUAAAUCAGCGAUUGUCGAUACUGAAACGGCUGAAAAUGGACAAACUGCGUUACAUCUCGCUGCAGCAAAAGGUCACUCAAUCAUUAUUGAGGCACUAUUGGGUAAGAAAGCGAAUAUCAACGCUAGAACGACGGACUCUGGAGCAACUCCACUGCAUUUGGCAGCUCAGCAAGGAUCGACUGAAGUUGUUUCCAAACUAUUAGAAAAUGGAGCAGAUAAAUAUGCCACUACGCUGGUUGAUGGUGAGACUCCUUUGCAUGUUGGUUGUCGUUAUGGUCAUCUGGAUAUCGUAAAACUAUUAACAGCUAAUGAGGAAGAUAUCAAUAUUCGAACAACGAAAAACGAAUCCACACCUUUGCACGUUGCUACUGAGAAUAGACAAGCUGCCAUUGCCAAGUUUUUAUUGGAGAUAGGCGCCUUGGUCAACGUUGUAACGAAAGAUUUGGGAUUCACACCACUGCAUUUUGCUGCUCAGAAUGAUUUAAGCGAAACAGUAUCACUUUUAUUGGAUAAAGAUGCACCAACUGACAGUAUUUCAAAGUCAGAUGGACAAACAGCAUUACAUUUAGCCGUAACUCAUCGAAAUGCUAAUGUUGUUAGUCUACUUCUAGAGAAAAAAGCAAACAUUAACAUCCAAACUGAAAACGAUGGUUGGACUGCACUACAUUUAGCAAUAAGAAACAACUCUUAUGAAAUGGUUGAAAUGAUGCUGCAAUACGUAACAGACAUAAAUGCAAUCAAUGUUUGCAAAAAGAAUCAAACUUUGCUACACGAAGCCGUGUUAACUGGUAAUUCAAAGCUGGUUAAACUCAUUCUUGGUAGUGGAGCAGAUACUGAAGCAGAGAAUAUUAACAAAAUGACUCCGAAGGAUUUGGCAUCAAAUUUAGACAACCAACAAAGACAGGAAAUUGAUGCAAUUUUCAACGAGCAUUUCAAUAAAGAUCUCACUUACGGGAAACGACCUGGGACAGCUGCAAUUGCUGGUUUAAACUACGAAUUGAAAAUACUGACAAUGGUUUUGUUCCGUUUGCUUCACGAUGAAAAAAUCGAUGAUUUUUAUUUAGGUAGCAACAUUGAAGGAGCUGGUUAUUUUGACGACGUUGUCAUAAGAACCAGAUCAGGAGAUAAAUCUCGGGUUUACUUUAUUCUUACCAAACAUGCGAGAGCUGGACGCACUGAAAAUUUGCUUGACACGAUCAACAUUCAAGGGACAAAUUACAAAUUUAAUCUUUUUAAGUAUUUUGAAAGCUACGUAGAAAUACGGCAGCGUUUUAACUCAAAAAGUAACCAUGUCAUGUUCCAGGGGGAAUUCGAACAAACAGAGUUAGAGCUGAUACUCAUGACUCCAAUUGGGUUUGUAGUAUUAGAGAAUUGUCAUACUGAACAAAUUUCAGCUUUUAGUACUUUUUAUACUAACAGCACAAGAAAUGUGAUUCAAAUAAUCCCUUCAAAUGAAUUGUUGCAUGAAUGGAUAUCGCAAUCAAGCCAAUUUUUGAAAAAAAAAUUUAAUGAAAUAGAAAAUGAAUCUCAUGAAUCUCUAUUGGACUUGGCGCGAGAUUUCUUCUCGAAAUUUAAAAUUUACUCAGAAUAUGCUGCAGAAGACGAGAUGGAAGGAAUUAUAAGACGUGACAUUCUAUCUAAACAUUACGAAUGUGAUGAAUUAUUAUAUUUGAAGUCUUUAGCUGCUGUGGAAAGCUGGUAUAAGCAAACAGGUGAGGUGACCUUUUUAACUAAAAGUAGUAAAAUUUUCGAAACUUUUAACAACGAAAUAGAACUGGAUCAACUACAUUCAAUAAAUACGAAAAAGGUUAAAGGUUUCGUUCCACGUGUCACCUAUGAAUAUGAUGAUGCAACGAAUUCAAUAUCAAAGGAUUGUUUCAAAGAAAUUGAAGAAACAUUACCCUUUUUCAUAAACUUUUUCAGCACCAAACCCUACAUUACCUGCCUUAAGCUUUUAUACCACGUUCAUUCGCUAGGUUGUGAAGUCAAAAUCGUGCUCCUCGAUAAAGCAGAAGUCGAACAAACGCUGAGCGUUCUCUCGAAAGUCGAUAAACCUCGAUGUUUGUUUAUCGCUGUUUUACCAGAACCGGAUAAAGUGGCAAUUGAAAAGCUACGUAAAAAAGUAAACAAACUCGUCGUUGUUACUAAACACGAAUACAGAGGGGAGUGGAAAUCAAUCGAAGAUAAGACUUAAUGCAAGUUUAAUGUCACAACAAUUUCAAAAAUCAACUUUAACGACCUGGUCUUCCGUGGUCUCUUUUGCAAGUUUUUGAGUCCAAAGGCUUGAAUGGGGAGAGAGUGCCCAAACCUCUUUCUACUCCAAGAAACCUUCCACUUCCAUAGGUCGAACUGACGACCUUUGGAUUGCAGGUUUUUUUCUUCCCCAUCCGAUGGAAGGUUGGGGCAGAUGGGAAGAGAAACCAUGAUCAUCCGCUUACAAAGCGAUCAGCGUAACCAUUCGAUCACGCCUGCUGCUCACAUUAUAACUAUUUUCUCUACAAAACAAAAUUUAAAAACAACAUAAUAGCAAUCAGGGAAUUACAAUCAAUUGAAAAGUGCAUUAGAUAGUAUUAAAAUAGUGUAAGUGUAAUAAUA